CUCGCCGCCAUGGGGGCCGUGACCGACGAUGAAGUUAUCCGCAAGCGGCUGCUGAUCGAUGGCGAUGGAGCUGGUGACGACAGGCGGAUCAAUUUGUUGGUGAAGAGUUUCAUUAAGUGGUGUAAUUCCGGAUCUCAGGAGGAAGGAUACACCCAGUACCAACGAAUGCUGAGUACAUUAUCACAGUGUGAAUUUUCAAUGGGAAAAACUCUUCUGGUGUAUGACAUGAACCUGAGAGAGAUGGAAAACUAUGAAAAAAUCUAUAAGGAUAUAGAAAACAGUAUAGCUGCAGCCCAUGAGAAGAUCUCUGAAUGCAAAAAACAAAUCCUGCAAGCAAAAAGGAUUCGAAAAAAUCGCCAGGAAUAUGAUGCAUUGGCCAAAGUCAUACAGCAUCACCCAGACAGACAUGAAACACUGAAGCAGCUAGAAGCUUUGGGAAAAGAGCUGCAAAAUCUUUCUCACAUUAAAGAAAAUGUUGAAGAUAAGUUGGAGCUGAGAAGGAAGCAGUUCCAUGUUCUCCUGAGCACCAUCCAUGAACUUCAGCAAACCUUGGAGAAUGAUGAAAAGCUUUCAGAAGCUGAAGAAUCCCAAGAAACUCAGAUGGAAGCAGAGGCCAAGCAGUAGAUGUCAUAUGAGGACUAACAAUGCUACUUAAGAAAGUCUAAGCAUCUUCACUUUCUGUUGAAAUCAAGAGUAAGAGAGAUGGAGCUGGAAAUAGUUUUCUACUGCUGCUGUGAAAUUUUAUACAAAAAUAUGUGUUUUGCAUGUGCUUCGGGGAAAACAGUUGCAGAUGUUUGCAGACAGGCACUCAGUGUUAGUCCACAAACUCUGUAAUUUGUGACAAAUAUACUUUGUUUCACAAAGGAUGGAGCUUUUACACCAUACUUGUGAACUAAGGUGUUUGCAAAACU